AUGACUCAGCAAAUCGCUAAUGCUAAGAAUUGUCUAGCCCAAGUACCUCAGGAUAUUGUGAGGGCCUGUUAUUGUCAGAUUAUUGUCACUGAACAAAGGGCACAGACAUGGCUAUCCGUUCUGAAAGUUUCACCAACAAUUUUUCCUCCGGAGCACCCCGUGCCCAGGUGCUACGACGAUUCCUGGGCAGUGAUUAAUUGGGUCAUAGCUCAUGCCAAAGAUAGACAAGUUCCCGAUUCAUGGAUUAAUAAUCACGCCGACUUCACCAAGGUCAUCUUCUCCGGCGACAGCGUUGGAGGUAACAUUGCCCAUAACAUGGCAGUGAGAGCAGGUCAAGAGGGGCUGGGCGACGGCGUAAAGCUCGAGGGAGUGAUUUUGAUGCAUCCCUUUUUCGGUGAUGGGAAGCCUAAUAAACUUUGGGAGCUUAUCUGUUCAGACUUUAAGGGAUGGGAUUAG